AUGGAUUUGAUGAACCAGGUUUUCAAGCCCUAUUUGGAUGAGUUUGUGGUAGUAUUUAUUGAUGACGUCCUCAUUUACUCGAAGAAUGCCGAAGCUCAUGAGGGUCAUCUUCGCCUAAUCCUACAAACACUUCAAGAAAAGGAGUUGUAUGCUAAACUGAAGAAAUGUGAAUUAUGGCUACAAAAGGUGGCAUUUCUGGGGCAUGUAAUAACAAAGGAUGGAGUCUCUGUAGAUCCACACAAAAUUGAGGCGAUUGUGAAUUGGCCAACUCCUACCAAUGUGACGGAGAUUCACUACCACCUUGGUAAAGCCAACACAGUUGCAGAUGCGCUUAGUCGAAAGAAUGUGAGAAACUUGGAAAAUCUGUUUACGGAACAAAAGGAGUUGAUGAAUGAAUUGGAUAAAAUGAAGGUAGAUCUUGUGGUGCAUGAGCAGGAAGCCGUAGUGGCAGCAGUAAUGGCCCAACCAACCUUACUUGAAGAAAUCAAGCAACAUCAAAUGGAGGAUGAAACUCUACGGAAAGGAUACCUUUCAGAUCUGUCUCAUAUCAUUGAUUAUCACCAGAUCGUCCUAGAUGACAAGUUAGCAUAUGAAGAAAAGCCAAUUCGAAUUCUAGACCAACAAGUGAAGCAGUUACGUAAUCGAGAAAUCCCAAUGGGAAUUAAGGUUAAUUAA